AUGUCUGAAAGGCCACAUAUAGAAAUGGCAAAUUCAAAUGAUUCACAGUCAUCCACUCAGCCAAUAGUAUUCGAUGCCGAUUCUCCUUCAUUGAAUAACUCAAACUCAAAAGUAAAUAAUAGCAAUAAUACUGACACGAAUAACACUACUUUUGGCAAUAUUGCAAACCAGUCCGUUCCAACUCCACGUUUAUUUGGCCAGUUUAAUGGUACAUCGUCUUCUACAAGUAGUUUUGGUAGUAGUAGUUCAUUUGGGAAUCUAUCAUCGAAAGAAAGAUCAACAAGUGACAAUAGCAAUUUUUUUGCCAACGCUCUCGGAAAAUUAACAUCAAAUUAUACUUCUGGCGGCGGAGGAUUUUCUUCGACGCCUUCACCACUUCAAUCAUCGUUAGCAUCUCUUGGAGCAAAUAAACCAUUAUUUGGUAGUCAACAGUUAACUCAAACAAGUUUUGCAGAUGUCACUGCCAAAUCCUCAUUGCAAUUAUCACCGUCCUCUAUUGAUCAAACAACACCAACAAAUGAUAACUUUGAUAAAAGAAAAAAUCUCACAUUUGAAUCAAUUAGAGAACAUUCAUCUUCUACCGUUCUCAAUGGUGAAUUGAAAGUGCCACAAUCAUUAAUAGAAUCCGCUGCCGAAUACGAGUCAAAGAGAUCGAGUGGAUUAACAAAUAUUCAAGGCGAUACAUCGACCGGUGAAGAGGAUGAAAUAACAAAAUUUCAGAUGGGCGGAAAACUGUUUGUAUAUAAUAGUGAAAAACAACAAUUUACAGAACGAGGAUAUGGAAUAUUGAAAAUUAAUGAUAGAUUCGAUGAGCAAACAAAUAGAUAUCAUUCUAGAUUAAUAAUGCGUUUAGAUAAAUCAUUUCGUGUUAUACUAAAUUCUACUAUUGUUCCAAAAAUGACUGUUGAAAGAGCAACAGAUAGAAGUGUGAGAUUUGGAGCACAAGAUGAUAAUGUCUUAAGAGUGUUUGUGAUAAAAGGCACAUCCUUUGAUUGUAGUGCAUUUCAAAGUGAAUUAAAAACUCGUAUUCAAACCAUUGAACGGUUACAAUUAAAAGAAGAGCAAGGAAACACACGACAACAGCAAAUAACGACAACCAGAAACAACGAACAAAAUUCUUUUGGUGAUGGUUUGCCGGAUGAUUCGUUAUUACCUAUUGGUAUUCGAAAACGUUCUCAUUCGCGAAGUGAAUCGGAUACGUCGGAUAAUGGCGGAGACUUGUCGAAAAAGUCAAGAAUCGUCCAAAGUGUUAAUAAUCCAGAAAAUGAUGAUGAACAACCAUCAAAUAAUAUUGAUAAUGAUGAAAACGACGAUGAGGAUAGUGGACAUAGUUGUCCAAAAAGUGAACAAGAAUCAGGUGACUCUGUCCGAUGA